CUUACUGGUUUCAAUUUAUUACUUCAAAUCACUCAUAUAGUUUAUUUUAAAAAUCAAUGAUGAACCAUGGUACACAGAACCUUCUCUACGGAAAGUCAGUAAACAAUGUUGAACAAAAGGAUAAUACUUGUUGGCUCUGCCGCAGUGAAUCUCAGCCUCUUCUACCUUUAUUUUCAUCGGAUAAGUCAUCGAAAUUACACAGGCAGGCAAUUUUUGCUUGUUUGGAUAUUGUAGCCCUCUAUGAUAAGGAUGCAAAUAGUGCUAUAUGCUCCGGCUGCACCGAAAAACUAGCUUUAUUUAGUUGGUUUAGUCAUCAAGCAAAAAGCAAUGAUCUGUUUUUACAACAGUUGCCACAGGAACUUUUUCGACCAGGAGAAGAGUACUGUCGGUUAUGUCUAACGACUGACGGAAGUUUAAAUAAAAUAUUUCCGACAAAUGCAGAAACUAGAAGUGAACUUUGUGCCAUGAUUCAAGAAUGUAUAGAAAUCGAGGUGAAUUAUUAUCGAGAUUUUGAGGCACGUGUAUGUAAGCUCUGUCGAUCCGAGUUAUUAUCCAUUGCAACUUUUAAGCAGAUCUGUAAGCAAAGUCGAAGCAAUACCCAGUUAGGUUAUAACAGCGAAGAGGAGAAUUGGCAGAACGAAGAGACCUCAAAUAAUUCGACGUCUCAACAGAAGCGUAAAGGAAAAAAACGCCUCAUAGAGCCUAAUGGUAAGAAGCACAAACCAAACAUAGUGGAAAACGAGUUUGAGCAGGAGUUGUUGAAUGUUUCUGAAAAAAACAAACGCAAGGAAAUCUAUCGUAUGUUAUGGAAGGCGGAUGAUGAACGAAAUUUCGAAGUUAUUAAGCUAAAGAAGGGAAGGGCUAAAAUAAGCGUGGCUGGCUUUAUGUUUCAGAUUUCUGCUAGAAAAAAUGGUGGACCCAGUAUAUGGUAUUGUGACAUGAGGAAACUGAAUAAGUGCAAAAAUAUGGUGACCGUUAGUGCCGACGGUAAGAUUGCUACAUUCAAUUCCAAAAUAAAACAUACGCAUGAGGCCAAGAUACCACGACUUUUAAAAUGCCCACCAGGCAAGGGCAGUCUGCUCAGAGAAGACGGAACGUUGGAAAGCUUCUGGUUACUAUAUUCUGGUACUAUGGGACGAGAAUUUGAAAGGCAACUUGUGUACCGCAAUUAUAGGUAUAAUUUAACGCAUUUGAAUAAUGACGACACUACCGAAUGGUUAUGCAGGUUUAAAGCUUGCCGAGUUACUCUUGAAGUUUCGGGUGUUUUCAAACUUAUUUCCCAAAUUCGAGGAUUCCAUAUACAUCCAGAAUUAUCGGCAAGGGAAAUCGAUGAUGCCUUCAAGGAUUGCAAAUUUAAACCAAAUUCAACAGAUGUGAUAACUCCUUUUCGAGAGGAUAAACUACAAGAAACAAGUACAAAAGAAAGUACGAAUUUGGCAAAACCACAAAUCUAUACAAUACUGGCAUAUGAUGAUUCCGAACGUGAUUUUGCCGUGUUGAGAGCCAAAGGAAAUCGAUACAAAAUUCUAUACCAGGGCUACUAUUACAAAUACUAUCUAAGAGCACCGGGUGGACUUACAUACUGGAAAUGUAUAUGGGACAGUAUACACAAUUGCAUGGCGAUGAUUUCUAUCACGAAUGAUGGUAAACGAGCUUCCAUUUACGGUCAGAUUGAACACAAUCAUCAAACAAAAUAUGCUCCUAUUUUUGAUUACGAUCUUAAACAAUACUCAGUCAAAAACGUUACCUGUGAUGCAGUGGAACAAAUAUUUUUGCUUUCCCGAGAUUGUAUUUAUUUCAGCAGCAGAUCCCUCCUAUAUUGCCAUAACAUUUAUAAUCUUCGACUUGUCAUCAAUGACGUAGAAACUAGAUGGACAUGCGUGAAGAUCGACCUGCAGAGGAAGCAAUGUCCGGCGCAAUUAAUUAUUCACGGACAGUUUGAAUCCUUCCUGCAAAAGGGAGAGCAUUGUCAUUCGCCGCUAACAGGGCAAGAGAUUAGCAGUGUCAAGCAGGGCAAUAGGCUGGAGCUAUCUGCGCUGGAUAGCGAUGGGCCAUUGUCAGCUGAAGACAAUGAAAAUGCUAUCAACUCCAGUAACUUAUUAAGCAUGUUAAAACAGCAGCUGUUUUCCUAUCCUGCUGGACGUAACAGUAUAUGGGACAAGACUGAGAAGAAGCACAAUACAUUUUUCUUGCUGACAGGGAACACUAGAACAAAUGAUUACCCAAAUGUGGUGUUCUAUAACGAUUACCGGUACGCUUUUGCAUCAAUAGAUGAGUACGGAACCAGCCAGUGGAUUUGCGGCCAACUAUUGGAUACGAAUAUGAUGCAAGGUACAUGUACGGCGCAUCUGACAAUUGAAGGUGUUUUCCAGCGUUUAACGUUUAAAGGAGUUCAUAAUCAUGAAAAGAUUCAUAGGCCAAUUGCAGAAUUUCUAUAUAGUAGUAUAGAUACAUAG